AUGUCAAACUACCACUUUUCAAGAGACCUUAUUGUUCUGCCGGCUGUCAGUACCGUCAACGACGGAAUCAUGGAUCCAUAUGGCAACGAGAACACAGCUUCGGUGCCGCUUGUGUCCGAUGCUGGCACUCCAAAACAACUUUAUGAGCAGAGCGUGCUGGAUUCUCUGAAUCUCAGAAGAUCUCAAAAGGCCUACAUUUCGUUGGAGUGCGAUACCUCGCUUUACUUCGGCUUUGACCUCCCAGCCACUGCAUCGGUCAAUUCGCCUGGGCCUGGUGGGGUGACAACCGCUGAAGCCACUCGGCUCUACAUCGAUGCCAGGCUGUUGGAUUUGGGUGGCGUUUAUCACCUGUGCAUGGACUUGGAUGGGAACAAUGCCAAGAUGGGAAUGGGAGACACUGGAUUCGUGGUGUAUGUCACCACCAUGACCACCCUGAAACCCUGGGGAAUCUUGCCAGCCGCCAACCAAACGGUGGUGAUGACGUGUCCUGGUGGCUGCACAGAUGGCGUUUCUGCAGCUUACGUUGGAAUAUACUGCAAUGAUACUGUAAACAAUGGAGAGAUGACGGUGUUGGCAGGUGAAAGGACUCCUCAUGGCACUUUUUCCAAGCCAUCUAGCCUGGCCACAGAUGACUACGAGGUGAUGAUCGAUGCCGAAGGCAUGAUAUCUGGAAAGCACUACCUGUUCUGUACAGAUUUGGAUGGCAGUAACAGUCAUUUGCCAUGGGGAAACACCGACCUACCGAUGUACAUCUCGCCUAUCAGCAAGUCUGCGUACAAUGCCUUCUACUCCAGUGCAACCUCAGAGCUUCGACUGACUUGCGAUGGUCGAUGCACUGUGGACAGCAGAGUUUACAUCCUCGAUGAGCAGUACCUGUGCGACCACCUGGACUUUGGCGGCUCUAAGACCGGCAGUGCUGACCAGACCGGCUCAGUGGCCACCACUCCACUUGGGGGCUCAGACGGAGUUGUGUUGGCCUUUGUGGACACCACAGCUCUUACAGCUGGCUUGAGGUUUCGAAUCUGCCUUGACCUGGAUGGGGUUGCCACCGCCUAUGCUUUUGGAGAUAUCGGCAUCCAGGUCUACAUGGCUGCAGUUACAGAUUCAGGAGGUACCAUUUCUCCAGCAACCGGGCAGGUGAUCACCUUGACCUGCGCAACUGGCUGCUCUACAGACACCAUGGCCUAUCUUGCCAUCACCUGCGACAGCACGGUGACGGAUGGAAAUAUUGCAGCCAAUGGAGUCUUAAACACAGCUGCAGUAAACAUAGCUGGAACCUCACCAUCUUGGACCGCUACCAUUGAUGCAUCGACUCUACAGCCAGGGCGGCACUACACGCUUUGCACAGACCUGGAUGGGAGUACCGGAACCAUGGCAAUGGGUGCCAACGAUUUUCAGUGGUACGUCACAGGCGUCAGCGGCAUUCCGCACUACAAGUUUGGCCUGAAGCAGCAAAAAGGAAUUGCUCGUUCCAGCCAAGAGACGGUGAUCUUCACUUGCGCUCAGUGCACCAACAGCUCUUCAGCCUACCUGGGCAUCACGUGCGAUAGCACGAACUUUGCUGGCUAUCGUGCCACACCGUCAAGCAGCGGGCUCAGGUCAAACAUGUUGCCACACAGACGCGUCUUCCGGGCAGGAUGGGGUGCGACUUUUGAUACGUCGACCCUGACCUUGGGCGUGAACUACCAGCUGUGCUUGGACAUGGAUGGUGCAGUGGAGGAUCUUGCUUUUGGGUAUACUGGUCAGACAAUCUAUGUCAGUGCAGUUGUGUCUACACCAAAUGUGGCAGUGACACAGACCUUCAAUACAUAUUUGGAGCUGACUUGCGAAUCUGCCGACGCCUGUCCUGACACUGCAAUGAUCUACUUGGCCAUUUCGACCAGUGAAUGUGCGACGGCUACCAGUGCGAACAUCUUCAAUACACCACCCACGCAGACUGCUGCUGCAGUCAUCUUAGGCCAAGUCGUCCAUUCUGUCCAUAUCUGUCACACAUUGAGUAAGACAUGA